GCCUCGGAAUGGACCGUCACAAUCUUGGCCUUCAUCUUCCUCGGACUUCGCCUCUACGUCAGAAUAACCCAGCGGCAGAUCAACCUCGUCUGGUCGGAAGUAUGGCUGAUGCUGGGGUUCUCGUGGCUCCUCGGCCUAGUCAUAUCCGACACCAUAACUUUCCAAAAGGGUGCCAUGUCGGAAUUCUUUGAUGAGCCCAACGUAUCCAUUAAGCAGAUUCGUUUCGCGUCCAACUACCUCUUCGACGCUGGUCUGUACUUUCCGAAGCUCAGCAUGGUCACGAUCUACUUUCAGCUGCUCCCACGACACAACCGCGUUCUACGAUGGGCUCUUUACUUUACUGCGGCCUUCACCAUCGUCGCCUUCUUGGUUGCCAUCUUUGUGGAUACGUUUUGGUGUGGUGUCAACGUGCCAAUCAACUGGUCCAUCGAGCCUGGCGCUUGCGCAUCUUACAGUUCAGCUGUGGUAUUUAAGCUCAACUGGUCGUUGUGUUUCGUCUCGGAAGUGCUGCUCUUGCUUCUCCCAUUCCCGCUGCUCCAGAACCUGCGCACCGCCAGUCGUCACGAGUUUGCUAGUUUAAAUAUUCUCUUCGCGCUCGGCAUCAUCACAAUCGCGGUCUCCGCCGGCCGCUUCGCAACCAUGUUGGUACUUAUCAACGACAUCAGCGUUUACGUCUGGGCCACCACCGAAUUCGCCGUCAGCCAAAUCAUCGUCUCAUCCAUGGCCCUCCGCCCUCUACUCAAACGCAUCUGGAGCUCCUUCUACUCGAGC